AUGACGCAGGGGCUUCUAAGCAGGCGAGUCCCUCUGACAGACGAUGUAUUCUUACUCGACACCCGCUCGUACCCAAGCAAAAGCAUUUUCGACGAUGAUCUCGUUGACACACAAGGGCCAGCACUGUUGGCCUUCAACGACCGUCGCUUCACCGACGCAGACUGGGACGCACUCCAAAAGAUCAACCAGUCUUCAAAAAAGGUGGACACGUCCAAAAUCGGAAAAUACGGCUUGGGCAUCCGCUCCUGCUACCAUAUAACUGAUAACAUCGAGAUCAGGUCGGGUUCUGACCUGGCCAUCUUCGAUCCACACCAGCGGUUCGGCUCUCACCCUGGCGGUCGUCGCAUCAACGUCACUGGAGGCGGUGAAGAAUACUCCGACCAGCUGUCCGGAUUCGGAGCCUUCAUUCCCGAGGACGCAAAGUACUCGUCCUUCGACGGAACUAUCGUCAGACUUCCUUUACGAACCCGACAUGGCUCUUCCCUGAGCUCGGAGGUUGUACAGCCUGCGGUGAUUAGGCGACUUCUCGUUGACUUCGUCCAGAAAGAGAUGGACAUCGCUUUGUUGUUCCUCAACAACGUCAAAAUCAUCGAGAUUUACGAGGAUUACGUGGAUCCGAAGCAUUUGCUGGCGCGAGUUGAGGUCUUCGACGGGCCCAGAACAGAGGCCGAGACCUUCGGCAGCAUUCGUCACAGCGCCGAAACCUUCUUACGAACGAUCACCCUGAGCACUAUCGAACCAGCUCGACAGGUUACCGCGCAGUGGCGCGUCAUGAGGACGAGGUUCACCCCUGACGAGGUUUCGCGCCAGCUCACCGACCGCUUAAGAUACGACGCCUCCUUGGAUGUUCAGGAGGAAAAACUCCUGCCGUAUAUCUCUUUGGCUUCGCCCACGUCACCCGAAGGACCAUUCACCAAUGGCAGGCUUUUUACCUACCUGCCGUUGCCCAUUCCGACUGGUCUUCCCGUCCACAUCCACGCUCUAUUCGCUUUAACACCUGACCGACAACACCUUCGCAACGCUAACGAGCAGGGAUCUCCGGAUAAAUCUCGUGACAGGCGAGUGGAUACGUCGCCGUCGUCGGCUGGACAAGGACUAACUGCUUGGCCGAACAGGACCAUUCUGGAAUGGAACAAAAUCCUAUUCGACACCUUGAUCCCGCACACCGUCGCCGAUUUGCUCACCGUGCUCUCAACGUCCGGUCAAGUGGUGGACGUUCUGCGUGUCUGUUCGUGCUCUGCCUUCUACGCAAACGAGGCAAGCCGUCCAGACUGGUCGCCAGUCUUCGAUCAGCUGCUCAAACUCGUACUGAACCUCGAUAUGACAAUAUGGCCGACUGUUCGACCCCCGGCAUCGGCAGUUUCCGACGCGAUGAAAGCUGCGUCGUCGACGCUGUUUUGCUCAGAGAAUGAAGAUUUCGCGACAAUCAACGCUGUAGCAGAGGCUGGAGGCUUUGUCACUCGCGUGCCGAGACAUCUCCUCGAUUUGCUUCGAGGAUACGACAUCACAAAAUCGCGUAUACUUUCCCCUGAAGCCGUUCACCACGAGCUGCUGGAGCAUUGUAAGAAACCCCUCCAGGAUCUUUCUAAUUCAUCAAGGCUCGCCAUACUCGAAUACCUCGCGCAAGGCGGCAACAUGCGGAACAUCUCAGGGUUACCUAUUGUCCCGACUGUGGGUGGCCCGUUUGUAGCGCUGCAAAGGCUAGAAUCAAGCCGAGGCUACCGUCCGCGUUCUCAUAUUCUUCUGACCCGCGACGACAUCGACGUUUUCGGACGUUUGGCUCCCGAUGCCAUUGAUCUGCGUCUUCUAUCUGCUGCCGCCGCAGCGCAGCUCAUGGACUCUGGCGUCCGUGAUCUCAAUGUCAGGAAGCUCAGCAACGAAGCGGUCCUGGACCUUAUCCAGCCCGUGGUUGCAGCUAUUUGUAAUCAGGUCACUGAGGUAAAUGACUCUGACGUCGUCGAUUGGUCUAAGAUUUUUUGGGCGUGGAUGGCCUCCAAGAGCCGUCACAGCCUCAUAGAUGGCUUGCGCCACGUUCCAAUUCUCCCUGACCGCAAACGCGGUUUCCGCCUCGUCGAUGACGGCAUAUUCCCCAUGGACGUCACUCCAACGUGCUGCUACGCACUUGAACAGUUCUGCGUCUCCUUCUUGCCGUCCGACUUUCCGCCUACAGCGCAGAAGUUUUUGCGGGAAAAUGGAAUCAUGAAGUCUACGUCUUCGGUUCCGGACCUCCUCCAGCAUCUGAAAAUCCCGGAAAGUUGUUCGGUCCAUCGGGCCGUCGAGCUCGUCGCCGUUCGCCGUCAUCUUGCCUUGCAGAUAGGCUCUUUGGCGGCGCUGAACAGCGCGCAGAGGGCCGUUCUUCGUUGUCUCCCGCUAUAUCCCAUUUCCGUACCUUCAACCCCUGCACGAGCCGGACUACGUUCUUUGCCUCAGAACGCGGAGAUUUAUUGCCUUGACGGAGACGUGAAAUUGUUGCCCACUCUCAGGAAUACGGUGUUCGUACUGAACGAGGAUGGCGUCUUGCCCCUGUGCCGGGCCAUAUGCGGAACGGACCGGACGGCGAUUUCUCAGGACGGAGUAAUCGAGUUGGCGGUUCAUUACAUGACCGAGCAAGCCCCUAUAGUGCAGCGACAGGUCGUCGAGUACUGCGGGGACGUUCUUCAAGCUUCGAAUCUCGCUCCGCGUGUUCGACAGCUCCUUGGGAGCACGCCAUUCGUCAUGGCGCAGGACGGGACUCGGAGGGCUCCAAACGACUUGUACAUGCCGGAUAGUCCAGUCAGCUCGAUACUUUCCCCAGGACACCCGAGACUCCCGUCGCAGACUACACCAGAUGAACAGGACAUGGUCAAGACACUCGCCUUGAAUAAUUAUCUAUGCUCUCGUCCUUCAGAAGAUCUCUUUAGAGAGACUAUCGUGCGCCUCGGGAGCGGCAGCGUCGCUGACACCGAAGACCGCGCACUGAGCUAUCGAUUAUUGGAACUGAUGAACCAAGCAGAUGCCCCUAUACACAACUUGCCAUUGCACGAUUACGCCUGGCUUCCUGCUGGUCGUCAAGGGCUUCAUAAGCCAUCCGAAUGCAGGGACUCGCUCAAUUCUGUGGUCUUUGAUCGGGUUCUCCCUGUCAUAAGAGACUUCAACUUCACGCCAACGCUCCGUGCGGCGUUGAAAUGGGAUAUGCCGCUGGAGUCGUGUAUCUUGGCCCGUCAGAUAUACGCGGUAGCAAAGUCCCCUACGUCCAUUCAGUCUCAGUGGCGCAGGCUUGUCUCAACGAUAAAACAACUCGCAUCCAAUACACCAAACAUAGCCGUUGAUAUUCAGGUCAUUAGCGCCGAGCUCGGUGACUGUCAUUGGGUCCCUAUACGCCCCGGCCUCCUGGUGGAUGUAUCACAUGCCGUGCUGGAAUCCCAUCCGGACGUGCCGAACUUCUACGCCGUCGCGUCCGAGUUGAUUCAUGACGAUUACACCAGACACUUCCUACUGAAUGUAGGAUGCUCCGAACGGCAAGUUCGUCCAGGCAUUCGAUCAAAUCACAAACUGACAUGGAACUAG